GUCACAUAGGGUGACGGAUCCACCUCUCAAGGGGACUAUGUAACUGAUACACUAACACUAUCUUCCUCUGAUUUCUUCCCAAAUUUUGAAUUCGGGUGUGGUCACAACACCAAUGGCCUAUUUGGUACUACAGAUGGAUUACUAGGCCUCGGCCGCAAUCAGAUCUUGACGGUAUCACAGACUGCUACAAAAUAUGGAAAGAAUUUCUCCUAUUGUCUUCCAUCUUCAAGCAGCUCUACUGGUUUUCUUGCAUUUGGUAGCCAAGUGGGUUCCUCAUCUCCUAAUGCUCAAUACACUCCACUACUAACAAAUUCGAACUACCCCUCGUUCUAUUUCCUAAAUAUGACGGGUAUAAGUGUUGGAGGACAGAAGCUAUCAAUUGCAGAAUCUAUUUUUACAACUUCAGGAACCGUUAUAGAUUCUGGAACUGUCAUCACUCGGUUGGCACCAACAGCCUAUUUAGCUCUUAGUACAGCAUUUCGUCUAGCAAUGUUAAACUAUACCCCUGCGCCACCAUAUUCACUAUUGGACACAUGCAAUGAUUUGCCUAGAUACACUACAGUAAUAGUACCAAGCAUAGUGUUGCAUUUUAGUGGAGGUACUAACUUGAAUGUUGAUCAGUCUAGAAUUAUAAUUCAAGCAACCUCGACUCAAUAUUGCUUGGCUUUUGCUGGAAACACCCUUCCUACUGAUUCGGGGAUCCUUGGAAAUAUGCAACAGCACAAAUAUGAGGUGGUUUAUAAUGUGGCAGGAGGAAGGCUGGGAUUUGGCGCUAGUGCUUGUAGUUAAUAAGAGCCAUC